UAAACUGCUGCGCGUCUCCGGGCUUGGCUCCGGGAUUUCUUUUUCGCCUGCUUGGUCAGGCCGGGAAGCAAACUUUCGAGCUGAACUCUCUCUCCCAUCGCCAUGGGACAUGCACUGCUGGUUCUCCUGUUAUCCUCAACCGUCUCACUCCUUGGUGGGCUGAUUUUUGGUUAUGAACUUGGAAUUAUCUCAGGGGCCUUGCUGCAGCUACAAGUGGAGCUCCAUCUUAGCUGUUUUGAACGGGAAGUCCUUGUGAGUUCCUUGCUCAUUGGGGCUCUCUUGGCUUCUCUGGUUGGUGGGAUCUUCAUUGACCACCAGGGAAGACGCAAAGCAAUAUUGGUCAGCAAUGCCGUUCUGUUGUGCGGCAGUCUCGUCCUUACACUCUCCGGGUCGCUUGUUUGGCUGGUGUGCGGACGCGUGACCGUAGGCUUUGCCAUCUCUUUGUCCUCUAUGGCGUGCUGCAUAUACGUCUCAGAAAUGGUGGCUGCCCAUCAACGAGGGGUGCUGGUUUCCCUCUACGAAGCUGGCAUCACCGUGGGCAUCUUACUUUCCUAUGCGCUGAAUUACAUCUUUGCGGACACUGCCGAGGGCUGGCGGUACAUGUUUGGCUUGGCCAUUGGCCCGGCAGUCGUUCAGUUCCUCAGCAUCCUGUUCCUCCCAAAGAACUCUGUGAAGUUAAACGUUUGCUACAGCGAGACUAGCAAAAGCCUCAUUCAGCAGCAAAAGAAUGAAGACGUCAUGCUGCCACCAGGCCCUAGGGAGAAGAGUUACUCUUUCGUGGACCUUUUCCGCUCCAAGGAUAACAUGAGAAGCCGAACUCUGGUUGGCCUAGGAUUGGUGCUCUUUCAGCAGUUCACAGGGCAGCCCAACAUCCUUGGCUAUGCUUCCACCAUCUUCCGCUCAGUUGGCUUUCAGAGUGAUUCCUCUGCUGUCCUGGCUUCCGUCGGCCUGGGGGUGAUGAAGGUCAUUGCGACUGUUGUUGCAAUGGCUUUUGCAGAUAAGGCUGGCAGAAGAGUGCUGCUGAUGGCUGGCUGCAUAGUGAUGGCCUUUUCGGUGACUGCUAUCGGCCUGACCAGCUGCUCUGUUUCAUUAGAGAUGGCCAAAGACUGUGAAACGCUCCCAGGUUCCAAUGCCACUUCAUUCAGCUCGGCUCAUCUCCCUGGAAAGUCAGUGUCCUCCCAUCCAGCUGUGUCUUACUCCCUCCUGGCAUCAGGUGGCAGUGAAAUACAAAUGGAAUCGACUUCAGCCAUCACGAGGCCUGUAGGCUUGACCAGGACUCUUGCCACCGACAGAAAAGGAGAUAGGAUGACAAACACUCCACACACCGGGCAGACCCAUUUUCUCAAUCAGUCCGAUAAAGGAAAGCGACAAGAUACCAGCUCAUCUUUGGGUGAUGCUCCUUCAAAGGAACACCUGCUUCUAAACUGGAUCACACUGCUAAGUUUGAUGGCUUUUGUGAGUGCAUUCUCAAUUGGAUUUGGACCAAUGACGUGGCUUGUUCUCAGUGAGAUCUACCCUUGCAACAUACGAGGCAGAGCCUUUGCCUUCUGCAACAGCUUCAACUGGGCUGCCAAUCUGCUGAUCAGUCUCACAUUCCUUGACCUCAUUGAUGCCAUAGGCUUAUCAUGGAUGUUCCUUCUCUAUGGACUGGUGGGAGCAGUGGCUGUUCUGUUUGUUUACCUUUUUGUGCCCGAAACCAAAGGACAGACUCUAGAAGAGAUAGACCAGCAGUUCUCAAAGAAACGGUUCCUGCAAAGGGGCACAUUUGGGCAAAAAUUGUGGAACAGAGGAGAAAUCCGAAUGCGUGCUCAUUACCAAAGAGUGGACCAUCCUAGUGCCUCUUGAGAGAUAAGCCAGGCAUGUUGCCACUUGUGCAACUUUCUACACUGUUGGAAGUGUUAUGAGGACUUGCCCGAAGCCAAGGGUCCUGGAUCAUUCCUUGAAAGUUCUGCGAUUCAUUUGGGUGACAGCACAGGGUUGCUGUUUUAGGUGUUUUGUUGUGCAUAGAACCUAGAAAUGUUCACCCCUUGGUAUCUUGGAGGAACCGUAGCUGAUGUUCCCCCAGCAGUUUGAAAAGACUUUUUUAAAAACACUGAUAAAUAAAGCAUAAAUUGGGAUAACA